CUCCGGUGGUUCAGGCCGGCUGGGCCCGGGGUGGGGGCGGGGAGCGCCCGCGAUGGAGCGGGAGGUGGAGGCUGUCGGCUCCUCAGCGGCCGCCGAGCGGCGGCACAGGGUCCUGGUGGCGGUGACGGGCAGUGUGGCGGCUCUCAAGUUACCAGAGCUGGUGCGUGAGCUGCGGGGUCUGCGUCAGAUGGAAGUAAAAGUGGUGACCACCCAUCACGCAAAACACUUCUACGACCAGAAAGAUGUCGCUGUUAAAAUAUACAGUGAUUCAGAUGAGUGGGAGGUAUGGAAAAAGAAGUCAGAUCCUGUGUUGCAUAUCGAUCUGAGGAGAUGGGCUGAUCUCAUGGUGAUAGCACCUUUGGAUGCCAAUACUCUAGGAAAAAUAGCCUGUGGAAUCUGUGAUAAUUUAUUGACUUGCGUUGUCCGAGCCUGGGAUAUGAAGAGGCCACUGCUGUUCUGCCCGGCCAUGAAUACAGCAAUGUGGGAGCAUCCCAUUACAGCAACGCAGAUUGAAACACUGAAAUGCUUUGGUUAUAUUGAAAUCCCGUGCAUUGCAAAGAAACUAGCGUGUGGAGAUGAAGGUUAUGGCGCAAUGGCAGAGGUGUGCACAAUCGUAGAGAAGGUUGAGGAAUGCCUGCAGCAACGUUUUCCUGCAGCAAAUCAGGAUGAACCUUGAAAAAAAUACAUUCUUUUAUUCUUAUUCGGAAUGGCAUCCUACAUUGUACUCACAGCAUCGGUCUUGAGUUCUUCCCCUUAAUUGGGAGAAACGUGGAAUUGUUUUGCAAUUCAGUCGAUUUGCAGUUAAUGGAACUACAGUACUGGGAUUCACAUCGAUUCUUUCUUAGCAGCUGAAGGGCACCAGAUCGACAGUCAGCCUUUAAAUACACAAAGUACUGACUUGUGACUCAUGCUGCCAGCAUCGUUUUGCAGCUGGAUAAUCCCGAGAAAUAUCGCAGAGGUGACUGAGCAUUCCCACAUCACUGGUACAAGGCCCCACAGAGCCUUUUAGCUUUCCUCUUUCCCUCUGACAUCAGAUGCUUUCAACACCGUCAUGAAUCUCGCCUGGUUAAUUUCACUCAUGUUCUAGCCCAACCAUCGCAUGUGCGUGGUUGACAAAUGGUCCAUGGUUAAAUUUUAAUAUCAGAGCAAGUAUUGGACUUUUUAGCGGCUUGGGACGUCCUCCCGAGCUGAAAGGCGCUUUACAAAUAUAAUUUUGUAUUGUAUUUUGUAUUGUUUAGCUUGGACGUGUUUGGCAGUCUGGAGGCCGGCCUGAUCCAGGCGUAUUGUGAUGGAUUUAUUGCACUACGACUGUUCCUUACAUUUAUUUGCAUCUCCACAGCUGUUAUCAUUUACCCGCAUCGCUACUCUGGCGAGUCAUUGCAUUGUUGGAGCAUGAGGCGAGCUCCUGAAAGUCCUGCCAUGCGUUGUUUCCCACGUUACUGGCGCUCAAAUUUUCUACAACAAACUUACAAAGAAUUGCCUUUUUUUUAAUGGAUAUUUAUGACCCAAAGAUCAGGCGCUGAGGUUAAAAUAAUCCAUCUAAAAUGGCUGUGCACUUCAUUUAUCCAUAUAAAUUACCUCUACAUCACAAAGUAAAAUGAA